CCGGUCACACGAAAGGAACGGUACGAACGAAGACAUGAAAGCAUGGGUUACGUCGACACUGAGUGAAUCCCUUAAGCUCAUCAACGCGAAGCUGGAUGGCGUUGAUAAGAAGUUGAAAUUGGAUGCGGCUGAGCGGGAUGAGCUUGAACGUCUUCGCAGAGAAGUGCGAGGACAGGGGAAUAAAGAGCUCUCUAGCAAUGAGAAGCGGAAGAGAAGCGUCGCUCGCACUCCUGUCGAAAACUCCCCAUCUGCCACACGUGCUAAGCCGAGAUCCAGAGGAAGUUCGAAGCUUAAGCCUAAGCGCAUUGAGCUGUCAGACGAUGAGGGACCCUCCGGUGCGAAGCAGAAUCUCCAGCCGAAGAUGGAAAGCACGAGCAGCGAGCUAUCCGAAAUUAAGAGGUUGCUUGCCGCACUCAUCAGUGGCCUACCUGACCCGAAAGGGAAAGCAAAGGUAGUUGAACCUGGGACUGGCGAGGAAGGGAGGAAAGGCAAGGCGAUUGAACUAGAGCAUCCAGGACCGGCAAUCGAAGCCAAUCCGAAGGAAGACGUAGACAUAGUGCAAAACGCCCAAGUUGAUGGAGACGAAGAAGAUCCUGAUGAGGAUGGCUUUGCAGCAUACAUGAAGAUCCGCGCUGAGUAUUACAACUCACUGCACUACACACGCGUGCAAGACCUAUGUAAGGAACGUGAUGUGGAAUACUUUAAGAAGGAUGUCGCGGUCUGGGAACUCGCUCGGCAAGACUUGCAGGAAUACGCCGACUCUCUGAAAGGAGACCUGGGAACCGGUGAACGUGGCGGAUCUCGCAGGAAGGAGGCUCCGGGGGAUAAGAACUAUGUUGAUUCUGAAGGCGACUGUGAUGCAGUGAAGGGAAACUAAGUCUGGGUAGCAUUAGAUCGAUUAGGCGAGUAAUUACUCGAAUAAUUGAUGCAAGACGUUGGGGUGAUCCUAUGCUACAGAACUUAUGUGAGCAUGUUCAAGUGCUACUGACUAUUCUAACCUGUUUAAGGGGUGAUGUGCGGUGGGGGCAAGCGUAUAUCCGAUUUUGGUUAUGGCUAACCUACGAGGAAUGAAGCAAUCUGUUGAAU